CCACCGCGAGCCGAAGGAGAAAGGAGGGGUACGAUCCGGGAGGGAAGCAGAGUCCGACGCCAUCUUAGAAUCGCUGCUGUUCCUGCUUGUUUGCGGCCGCGUCUGAGGAGGGGACCGAAGCGCUUCGGAGGCCGACUGGACGGGAAAAAACCGCCGGGUCUACCGGCCAAAGGGGAGGGGGAGGUGGGUGUGUUGGUUCGUUGCCUUUAUAGUUGGGGUGAGGCAGGCCUCCAGGGCUCUCCAGGAUACUGCGGGAGUGAGGAAGGAGAGGCUGUGACCAACUCCUUUGCCUGUUAAAUCCGCUUUCCCACCAGCUGCUCCUGUGCCUCGGGGUGGUGGGGAGCCCACCCAUUUGGGCCAGCCAUGGAUCCGGCGUUCCCCCAUCCAUCCCGGGAUCCCACCCAAGAAGAUGGCAUGGCCUCCGACGACUUCGACAUCGUGAUAGAAGCUAUGCUGGAGGCCCCGUACAAGAAAGAGGAGGCCCAACCAGGACCCUCAAAGCCGCCAACUGACCCCACCACAGCCCAGCCGUCUCCGGAAGAACAAGGAAAAGAAGCAAAGAAGGACAGCGCCCCCACCAGCAGCAAUGGGGAAAGCAGCAGCAAAAAGAAAAGGAGUCGUAGCAGGAGCCGUGAUCACAGACACAGCCGUAGCCGGGACCGAGACCGUCAUCGUAGGCGCAGCCGAAGCCGGGACCGCCGCAGCCGCCACCGGAGCAGAAGCCGCCACCGGAGUCGCAGCCGGGACCGUAAUAGGCGAGUUAGCCGAUCUCGGAGCCGAGAACGCCGGCGGGAGGAAAGAGUCCGCUACCGCAGCCCACCUCCCCCAGGACGACGGUUUGGACAUAGCAAGAGUCCCUUGUUCCGAGAGAAAAGCCCCCUUCGGGAGCCUCUGGGCAGCUUGAGCCCCGAAGAACGCGAUGCCCGCACUGUCUUCUGCAUGCAACUAGCUGCCCGUAUCCGACCUCGAGACCUUGAGGAUUUCUUCUCGGCUGUUGGCAAGGUGCGUGAUGUACGGAUCAUCUCCGACCGGAAUUCCCGGCGCUCAAAGGGCAUCGCUUACGUUGAGUUUUGCGAGAUACAGUCAGUGCCGCUGGCCAUCGGCCUGACGGGGCAACGCCUCCUGGGCGUACCGAUUAUCGUUCAGGCUUCCCAGGCGGAGAAGAACAGGCUGGCAGCCAUGGCCAACAACCUUCAGAAAGGCAGCGGGGGCCCCAUGAGGCUCUAUGUCGGUUCCCUUCACUGCAACAUCACCAAAGAGAUGCUGCGCGGGAUCUUCGAGCCGUUUGGCAAGAUUGACAGCAUCGUGCUGAUGCGGGACCAGGAUACCGGACAGUCCAAAGGCUACGGCUUCAUCACCUUCACAGAAGCAGAAUGUGCCCGCCGUGCCCUGGAACAGCUGAACGGUUUCGAACUGGCCGGCCGGCCCAUGCGGGUGGGACAGGUCAUCGAACGGCUGGAUGGCACCACUGACAUCACUUUUCCCGACGGGGCUGAUGAACCCGACCGGUCAGCUCUGAGCUUGGGGACCACCGGCUCCCAGCUGCAGCUGAUGGCGAAACUGGCCGAAGCAGGUUCUGGGAUCCCACUGUCCACCACUGCAGCGGCCCAGGCUGCUUUACAGCUUAACGGAGCGAUACCUUUGGGAGCACUGAAUCCAGCUGCCCUGACAGCUCUUAGCCCAGCAUUGAACCUGGCUUCACAGACACUGGCCUCCCAGUGCUUCCAGCUUUCAGGCCUCUUCAGUCCCCAAACAAUGUAAGGCCACCUAGUCCUCCCUCCCCUCUUCCCGCCCUCCCUCUCCCAUGGAGCUCAGAGGGGGAAUGAUCAUCUCCACACCAUUGCCGCCUCACCUGACACCCCCUCCCCCCCCAUUGUGGAUCCAAGCCUGGGGGGGGGGGCGGAAUGAACUUUGAAGGAACUCUUUGGGAACAAGGGUGGGGGAAGCCCUUCUUAACAUGAACUCUGAAUUUUUUCUGAAUUUCCCGUCCUGGGGAAGGGGGAAGAGCUUGUAUUCUGACUCUCCCUUCCCCCUUUUCUCCUCCCCCCCCCCCCCCCAAGCCACAAUUGGAGGGGGGGCGCCUUAUCCCCCCCCUGGGGGGGGGGCUCCGCGGAGACUGAGGGGCCCUCCCCCCCCCCUAAAAAAAGAGGUGGAAUUGCAGCAUUUUUUCCUUUUGGGGAGGGGGCAGGAAGACUCUUGGCCCCUUCCCCCCCCCCGCUCUCUCUUUCUUGCCCACCUCUUAGCUCUUGCAUCGGGCUGCGGGGCUUUGCUUUGGAUAGCUUUGGGCUGUCCUCGUGGCCGCGACGGGUCUGUGCAUUGUAAAAAAAAAAACCCGGAGAAGCACAGACCCGCAUUUGGGUGGGUGGGAGGCCCAUGCGGUGUAUAUCUCUUCUCUCCCCCCCCCCUCCCCUCACUUUGUAAAGGGGCCGCGUAAACCCUGUGGGGGAGUUGGGUGUUUCUCCCCCCCCUUUUCAAUUUUCUCGGCUCUGCCUCCUGUUCUUGGUGUCCCUGUUUUUCUGGCUGCGCCCCUGUUCCUCGGAGUCCUUCGGAGACCCGUUCCCUCCCCCCUUUCCCCCUCCCCCCCCCCGCCCUUUCCAGAUUUUCAAAAGUGUAUUUUGGUUUUU